GACAGCGUUGCGCAUGUGUUUCAUUUUUCUCUGCGUCGAAAUGUCCAGGAAAAUUGCAAGUCUUGUUAUUUUGUUUGUUUUUCUGCGUGCUGCUCCUAUGGAAAAGACGGCAGUCCUCUUCCCUGCCCGAAGUGUGUAAAAUGCCUCCUUCAUAACCUGAGACUUACUUUCAUUUUCUAGGUGCCGGAGAAUCUGGUAAAAGCACCAUAGUGAAGCAGAUGAGGAUCCUGCAUGUUAAUGGGUUUAAUGGAGAGGGCGGCGAAGAGGACCCGCAAGCUGCAAGGAGCAACAGCGAUGGUAGUGAGAAGGCAACCAAAGUUCAGGACAUCAAAAACAACCUGAAAGAGGCGAUCGAAACCAUCGUGGCCGCCAUGAGCAACCUGGUGCCCCCCGUGGAGCUGGCCAACCCUGAGAACCAGUUCAGAGUGGACUACAUUCUGAGCGUGAUGAACGUGCCUGACUUUGACUUCCCUCCUGAGUUCUAUGAGCAUGCCAAGGCUCUGUGGGAGGAUGAAGGAGUGCGUGCCUGCUAUGAGCGCUCCAACGAGUACCAGCUGAUUGACUGCGCCCAGUACUUCCUGGACAAGAUUGAUGUCAUCAAGCAGGCUGACUACGUGCCCAGUGAUCAGGAUCUGCUUCGCUGCCGCGUCCUGAUUUCUGGAAUCUUUGAGACCAAGUUCCAGGUGGACAAAGUCAACUUCCACAUGUUUGACGUGGGUGGCCAGCGCGAUGAACGCCGCAAAUGGAUCCAAUGCUUCAAUGAUGUAACUGCCAUCAUCUUCAUGGUGGCCAGCAGCAGCUACAACAUGGUCAUUCGGGAGGACAACCAGACCAACCGCCUGCAGGAGGCUCUGAACCUUUUCAAGAGCAUCUGGAACAACAGAUGGCUGCGCACCAUCUCUGUGAUUCUGUUCCUCAACAAGCAAGACCUGCUCGCUGAGAAAGUCCUUGCUGGAAAAUCGAAGAUUGAGGACUACUUUCCAGAAUUUGCUCGCUACACUACUCCUGAGGAUGCUACUCCCGAGCCCGGAGAGGACCCACGCGUGACCCGGGCCAAGUACUUCAUCCGCGACGAAUUUCUGAGAAUCAGCACUGCUAGUGGAGAUGGGCACCACUACUGCUACCCCCACUUCACUUGCGCUGUGGACACCGAGAACAUUCGCCGUGUGUUCAACGACUGCCAUGACAUCAUUCAGUGCAUGCACCUUCGUCAGUAUGAGCUGCUCUAAGAAGGGAACACCCAAAUUUAAUUAAAGCCUUAAGCACAAUUAAUUAAGAGUGAAACGUAAUUGUACACGCAGUUGAUCACCCACCAUAGGGCAUGAUUAACAACGCAACCUUUCCUUUUCUCCCCAAGUGAUUUUGCGAAACCCCCUUUUCUUCCCUUCCGCUUGCUUAAAUAUUCCAAAUUUAGAAGGCUUAAGGUGGCCUACAGAGAAAAAGAAAAGGAAAAAGGCCACAAAAGUUCCCUCUCUCUUUCAGUAAUUAAAAUAACAGCAGCAAACAGAGAUAAUGAAAUAAAAGAAAUAAAUGAAAUAAAAGAAAUAAAAGAAAUAAAUGAAAUAAAUAUUGUCUUGUGCAGCAUUAAAAAAA